UUUUUUUCUUUACAACCGCCACUAUGUCCUGGAAGCUCACUAAAAAGUUGAAGGAGACGCAUCUGGCACCCUUGACCUCAUCAUUUGGCCGGUCGUCCUCUACUUCGACGAUCAAGGGUGACUCAAAUGGCGACGAGGCCCUGACACCUGUGGCCUCUAACCCACCCUCCGCCACCCCAUCAACGAACGGGAUCGCGGCCUCAGAGUCUCUUGUCUCCCCUCCUGUGGCGCCUGUGAACCCAGGAAUCCUUAUAGUGACUCUCCACGAAGGGCGCAAUUUUUCGUUGUCCCCUCACUACCAACAGAUCUUCAAUUCGCACUUCCAAAACAACUCUUAUGCGCCCUCUUCUCUACGCCCAAGCACUUCUUCUUCGUCACAUUCAACUCAAAACCAAGCGGGUUCCUUUGUGCCAUCUGGCCGACCGCAGUCCACAAGCGGGGGAAUCAAUGCCGCCCCCACUAUCCACGGUCGCUAUUCCACCAAAUACCUCCCGUAUGCCCUCCUUGAUUUCGAAAAGAACCAGGUCUUCGUGGAUGCCGUGUCGGGAACUCCAGAGAGCCCAUUGUGGGCUGGCGACAAUACAGCAUUCAAGUUCGAUGUGUCCCGGAAGACAGAGUUGAGUGUACAGCUGUAUCUGCGCAACCCUACAGCCCGGCCUGGUGCCGGACGGAGUGAGGACAUUUUCUUGGGCGCAUGCAAGGUCAAUCCUCGCUUCGAAGAGAGCCAGUCAUAUGUGGAGGAUCCGAAACUCAGCAAGAAGGACAACCAGAAGGCCGCUGCAGCCUAUUAUGAGCAAGGGCGUCAACUGGGUCAGCAGGGUGCUGAGUGGUUGGAUCUCCAAUUUGGUGUUGGUUCGGUCAAGAUUGGUAUUUCCUUCGUGGAGAACAAGCAGCGGAGUCUUAAGUUAGAAGACUUUGAUCUGCUCAAGGUUGUUGGCAAGGGUAGUUUCGGCAAGGUCAUGCAGGUCAUGAAGAAGGAUACUGGUCGGAUCUACGCCCUCAAGACAAUUCGCAAGGCUCACAUUAUUUCGCGAUCGGAAGUCACACACACACUUGCCGAGCGGUCGGUUCUUGCGCAGAUCAACAAUCCGUUUAUUGUUCCGCUGAAAUUCUCGUUCCAGUCGCCCGAGAAGUUGUACUUCGUGUUGGCGUUUGUGAACGGCGGAGAGUUGUUCCACCAUUUGCAAAGGGAACAACGAUUUGAUAUCAACAGAGCCCGUUUCUAUACCGCAGAGUUGCUGUGCGCUCUCGAGUGUCUGCACGGCUUCAAGGUUAUCUACCGAGAUCUUAAGCCUGAGAACAUUCUUCUCGAUUACACUGGGCAUAUUGCCCUUUGUGAUUUCGGUCUCUGCAAGCUGGAUAUGAAAGACGAGGACCGAACCAAUACGUUCUGUGGAACUCCCGAAUAUCUCGCUCCAGAACUUCUCCUCGGCAACGGCUACACCAAGACCGUGGACUGGUGGACUCUCGGUGUCUUGCUCUACGAGAUGUUGACAGGCCUGCCUCCAUUCUACGAUGAAAAUACCAACGAAAUGUAUCGCAAGAUUUUGCAAGAGCCUCUGACCUUCCCCAGCAGCGAUAUUGUCCCCCCGCUGCGCGGGAUCUUCUCAGUCAUCAAGUCUCACCACUUCUUUGCCAACAUUGACUGGCGCAAGCUUCUCCAGCGGAAGUACGAACCUAGCUUCCGACCAAAUGUGGUGGAUGCCCGUGAUACCGAAAACUUCGAUGUUGAAUUCACCAGAGAAGCACCCCAGGACUCAUAUGUCGAUGGCCCCGUCCUGUCGCAAACCAUGCAGCAACAGUUCGAGGGAUGGUCGUACAACCGACCCGUGGCUGGCCUCGGUGAUGCAGGCGGCAGUGUUAAAGAUCCGUCCUUCGGUAGCAUUCCGGAGUAAGGUCUCUCACCUUGUCAGAUUAGAUCGAGAAUGCCCGGUGCAAGUAAGAGAGAAUAGGAGGUUCAUAGAGACCAUUUCCCUUUUUAACUGCGUAUAUGCCUUUCAUUAACAUAUCGACCAAUCUUGAUCUUUUUCUUUUUCUUUCCCCCUUU